GGUUGUAGAUCAGGGGCGUCGAUCAUCAGAGUCAAUUGUCUCUUUCCUCCUGCCUUGUCCUCCCCCUAUACUGACAUCAAUAUGUACAUGGAGAUACCUGGAACAGGAGUUACUGCAUGGGUCGCGGACCAGACUGAUCGCCUCGCCGACAACUAUCCUCGCGCCUACACUGAUUUUUGGGGUAGCGGCAUCCCCUGCGUAUACAAGACAGGCUCUUUGUGGCCCGCUCUCACUCCCGCUUACGGAGGUUGUUGGCGCGACAGGAUCCUUCGCGAGGCCCGGCCUGUAUACGGUCACCCUAUUAGCCCUACCUGGCUUUCUACCGGCCGGAAGAUUUGCGGCGUCCUCGACCAUCAUGAAAUCAAGUGGACGUCCGUCGACCCCCUUGCCUGGGCGGACGCU